AUGGCUGGCCCGACGGUACGAAAAGCAUAUGCCGACUCGGCAGAUGGGCAGGUCCACUACCGGUACACGGCGCCAACCACCAACGACACAGGCAAGCUGCCCAUCCUGUUUCUGCACAUGUCGGCGUCGUCCUCGGCCAUAUUCGAGCAGCUCAUGCGCACAUACACGGCCCAGGGCUAUGCCUGCUACGCCCCAGAUAUGCCCGGCUUCGGCGCCUCGUUCGAUCCGGCCUCGGACCCGCCAAACAUCAAGUGGUACAUUGACCUCUACAUCGAUGUCUUCUUCAACUCGGGCAACUUCCCGCGCCUCUCGCAAGGGUGCCACGUGCUGGGCCACCACUCGGGCGGCGUCAUCGGCGUCGAGUUUGCAGUCUCGCACCCGGAGCUUGUCAAGUCUCUGGCCGUAGUCGGCCCCGUGUUGAUGGACGCAAGCCAGCGCGAGAAGGCACGGGGCUUCCAGGCCUUCAACAAGCCCGUUGCGGACGGCUCCCACCUAACAAAGACCUGGGAAUACCUGCAGUCCCACGGCGGCAUCACUGCAGAUGAGCUCGGCCUCCUGCAGCAGGAGACGCUCGACCACGUGCGGGCGUGGCAGGGCAGGCUCCAGAUCUACAGCUGCGUGUUUGGCGACCACGACGGGCCCAGCCUGUACGGCCAGGUCAAGUGUCCGCUUAUCGCCAUGUGUGCGCGCGACGACGUGCUGUGGUCUGGGUACGGCAAGAUGAAGGAGAUCAGGCCAGAUGUUGAGGCGGUCGAGGUCAAGGGCGCCAACUUCACUCCAAGCAGAGACGCAGAAGGUGUCGCGAGUUACUACACGCCGUUCCUGGAAAAGUUUUUAAACCAGUGA